UGGCUGUUACUUUGAUACCCUUGUUGUAAAUAAUCUUCCAGGCCUUUAGCAAAAUAAUUAUUGAUUGAAUGUAUUUUGUUUUGUAGGAAGCUGCACAAGCUCUGAUUUAUGCCGGAAUGGCUGGUUCAACACUGGACAAUAUUCAGGACAAAAUAAGGGAGUACUUGGAGAGAGUGGAAGCGUUGUACAGUGCAGGUAGGUACUCUCUCUCUAUAUACCCCGAUGCUGCCAUGAUUAUUCUUAUUGGUUUCUGUUUAUUGCCACAUCUCCUUUUGGAUCAUUCAUGACAAUGUCUUAGCCAGUCACAGUGAUCAUCUAAUCACUUGUUUCUGUAGGUUUUUUUCUUUAUUCUAUUUCCCUCCUCCUUUUAGUCAUUUGCCCCCUGUCACAUGGCAUGUUUAGGAAUAUUGUUCCUAAUAUAUGCCUAUUAGAAGGAAUUGACAGACCCAAAAGUGUGUAGAAAAUUAUAUAUGUGGGUUGACUUUUUAGUGGAUGGGUUUAACCCUUGAUGUAUACCCUUAUAACAAUUGGAGGGGGUAGCAGUGCUCCACUGGUCUGACAGUUAAAUGUAAUCCCUCAGCUUCCCAUGCAUGUUACUGUUACUGGAUUGAUGUUGUAAAAUAAGCACUGAACUGAAAAUCCAUGUGUUUUUUGUCUCCCAUGUUAUAGUUCAAGGACAGAAUGCUGACCCUUUAAAAACAAAACAUCACUUGGACCUUGAGAGGGCACACUUCCUUGUCACUCAGGCAUUUGAGGAGGAUGAUAAAGGCAAUAUGGAAGAUGCCAUCGAGCUGUACUCUGAAGCUGUUGAACUGUGCAUAACAACGGUCAGUAAACAGUCCCAUCACUGCUGGGACAUUUCUCCUUUACUUAAAUGACUCUAUUACUACUAUUAUACAUGAAAUGAAUUAGAAAUAACCGUAGUCCAAAUUAGAAUUGCAGUUAAGUUUUAUUCUUUCUUUACUUUGCUAAAGCCAUAAUUAUUUAAGUUCUUUACGUGGGCAAUGCACCUAAUUAGAUGAUGCAUGUUGUGCAUUUAGGUUUUAGAUGUUUUGCUAGGCCGCCAUGUUUAUACGUCUCCCACUCAGCAUAAUCACAUCUGCACUUAUACAAGGCCUUUAUAUAUAUAUUGUGUACAAAUGUGUGAAUUUACGGGUGUAAUGAAUAUGCGUAUAAUAUAUGUGAAAACAUUGUAGAGUAGUUAUAACCAACUUUAAUCUUUGAGCUAGACUUCCCAUGAAGCAUGACCCACCUUACGGGGAGCUAUAGUUCAUAGACAUAUACACUGCUCAAAAAAAUAAAUGGAACACUUAAACAACAAUAUGUAACUCCAAGUCAAUCACACUUCUGUGAAAUCAAGCUGUCCACUUAGGAAGCAACACUGAGUGACAAUCAAUUUCACAUGCUGUUGUGCAAAUGGGAUAGACAACAGGUGGAAAUUAUAGGCAAUUAGCAAGACACCCCCAAUAAAUGAGUGGUUCUGCAGGUGGUGACCACAGACCACUUCUCAGUUCCAAUGCUUCCUGGCUGAUGUUUUGGUCACUUUUGAAUGCUGGUGGUGCUUUCACUCUAGUGGUAGCAUGAGACGGAGUCUACAACCCACGCAAGUGGUUUAGGUAGUGCAGCUCAUGGCACAUCAAUGCGAGCUGUGGCAAGAAGGUUUGCUGUGUCUGUGGGAAAUGCAUGAUAUUUAAUACGUAUUCUCUCAUUUAUCUGACUUUGUAUAGUCUAAUGAUACUACAGAUCAAAACCUACAAGCAAAACUCAAACAGCUGGCUCGACAAGCCUUAGACCGGUCAGUAAAUUGUAUAUUGCUAUAUGUUUUUAGUACACUUUGAAUUGGAAUUGAAUUUCAUUUUUGCCUCAAGCUACUCGAUUACACAAAUUACACAGCUUAUUGUAUUUUUUCUGGUGAUUAUAUGUAUUCCCUUCAGGCUUUUUGCCGUAAACACUGUGUUUUCAGAGAAAAUGCAGAGCUCACAUUGCAGCCUAGGAAUAACUCCAAUGGCAACUCCUCAGAUUGCUACUAGAGGUUCUUCCUGGGGCAGUGCUGCAAAGUGAGCAGCCCUGAAAUUCGGUGUCUCCACCCUCUGCAUGGAGACACUGAACUUUCCUGAUAGAGAUGCAUUAAAUCAAUGCAUUCCUAUGAGGAGAUGUUGAUUGGCCAGGGUGGUGUUUGACUUGUACUGACUGCCCCGAUCUACCUCCUUGAGAGUCUUAGCCAAUCCUAUGUGAAAGCAUUGUGAUUGUCUCAGAGAAUCACUUUUGAUGAUGUCAGCCAAGCAGGCAGACCAGGGACAGAGCCAGCAGCAGCAGACUUGACUAAGUAGAUUUUAUUAUAUUUGGGGGUGGGGUCAGGAGGGCUAGAUGGUGGUUUUAACACUAUAUGGUCAGGAACACACGUUUGUGUUUCUGACCCUAUAGUGUUCCUUUAAAUUUAAGCUGAGACCUAACAUGGGAGCUUUUUAGAAUCCACGGCAGGUAACGCUAUCAAAAUUAUGUAAUUUCUCCCAGACGUUCCUGGAAGUAAGACUUUUCAUCAGGACAUGAUGUAUGUCUUAGUGUAUAUUUACUUAAUUUAUGUCCAGUCCUGUAAGCAGAUCACAAAUUGAAAGUUAGAUCAUAAAUCUACAUGUCCAGUAGUAGUGUAACAUUAUUUAAGACCCUUGCAGAAUAUUGCCAUUUGACUGUUCCUUUCUGUCUAAGGCCUCAAUUUAAUAUUUUUGGAUAAGCUUUGCAAAUGAUUUAAUAAUUUUUUAUAAAUUUACCGUUAGAAGUUUACAAUCCUUUUUGAAAAAUAUGAAAACAUAAAAAUAUAUAUAUCAUAUAAAUGAAUACAUUAUGUUUAUCCAAUAAUAUUAAAUUAUUUGAAAUGCUUCUCCAAAAAUUAAAAUCGAAGCCUAAGUGGUUUUUGGUGGAACUAUGUUUAAUUGUAUAAAUGUAGCCAACCAUCAAGUUUAGGAUAGUUAGGAUAGGGAUUGUAGGAUUUUAGUGCAGUUUUAUUUUGACAUUAAUCCUUUACAUUCUCCAGCAGCCAAAGCCCAUCUAUUCCUUGUUAUGUGUUCAAUAUAUUUCUUCUGUUAAGCAGGAAAUGACUGAAAACACUGAAAAUCUGUGUAUCCCCUAGUUUGCGCUGAAUUGAUCCAGGCUCUCUGUUACCAUGUGCCUAGUUCUCAUUCUCCUUUUGUAUCGUUCUAGUUAAAUGAAUAUUGUUUUCUAGUAUUACAUAAUAUGGCACCAUCAUUUUCCAUUCCCAGCAUCAGUUAACACAUUGGGUGUAAUGGUAUAAGUGAAUUUGAAAGGACAAUAAACAACUUCAAUGUUUUUCUGAUUUCUUUAUUAAUUUCUAAAUUUGUGUGGGGGGGUGGGUUUCCCCUAAUAGAGCAGAAUCUCUGAAAGAAUCAAUGUCUAAAUCAUCUGCUAAAGACAAAGCUCCUCUAACCAAACCAAAUCAGCCAACAAGAACAUUCUUUCCUCUUGGCCAAGACUUCAGCUUAAAUGAUAAACCGCAGAGUGUACGACCAGGACAGAUCAAUGAGGCUCCUCGACAGAGGUAUACAUCGGAGGAGAUAGAAGUGCUCAGGUACUGUAAUAUUUAUUUUCUUUAAUUGUUUAAUCCAGGAGGUUGAAAAAUAUCUUGAUCUCACUCCGUUAAAAGUUUAGCCUCUGUAAAAUGGUGUUGGGUCUGCAACGAGACCUUUAGCUGCUUUGAUCAUUCUGCUACCACAAAGGAUAACACCUUUUUUGAUAGGAGUAUUUGACUUUUUCCCUGAGAUUUCUGAUCCUUAUGUGCUAUGGAUAUUUUCUUUAUGUUUGACAGGAAGACGUCGAAGAUAAAUAGCAUUGAAUAUGUGCCUUUCAUGAGCGUUGACCUACGGGAACGUUUUGCUUUUCCAAUGCCAUUCUCGUGAGUAAACCAUGUGAUGUGGACAUCUUUUUAUUGUGUCACACAAAAUAAGCCACACAUGUCUGAAUGGGAUCUGUUAUAAUACAUGAGUAUAAAUAGGAUCUAUUAAAAGUAUUUUGAAUGGGAUCUAUUUUAAGGCAUGACUGGACAAAUUAAAUGACCCAGAUAAAUAGGAUCUAUUAAAUAACAUAAACCAGAUAAAUAGGAUCUAUUAAAUAUCAUGACCCAGAUAAAUUGGAUCUAUUAAGUAGCAUGAUCCAGAUAAAUGGGAUCUAUUAAGUAGCAUGAUCCAGAUAAAUAGGAUCUAUUAAAUAACAUGAACCAGAUAAAUAGGAUCUAUUAAAUAACAUGAUCCAGAUAAAUAGGAUCUAUUAAAUAGCAUGAUCCAGAUAAAUAGGAUCUAUUAAAUAGCAUGAUCCAGAUAAAUAGGAUCUAUUAAUUAACAUGACUCAGUGAAUGUGAUCUAUUAAAUGACUCUAUGACUAGGAUCCCUUUACUAAAGACAGCCUGUAGUGUCAUAGUGAUCUUACAUUUAAUGGGUUACUCCAACCUCCAUUAACACUUCUGCUUUGUGGGGGAACAAAGUGACAAGUGCCCAAUAGGGCAUUAUAAAGUAAAAAUAUUAGAGUAAAACAUUAAUGAUCUUAUUCCAAACAGUUUGUCCACUCAUUUUCUUGUAAUAGCCCAAUAAACUGGAAAAUCCAAACUCUUUAGGGAUCACAUUGUAGUGAUGGCAAAGAGUGUAAUUGGUACGUAUGAGGCUUAAUUCCAUGAAACAGAGUGGGAUUGCUUAAAAUGGCUCUUUCGUUAUGUUGAUCUAUUGGCUCCCAGCUAUGUGAUCUCUUCCUUAAGUCCUGCCGGUUCAUCCUCCAAACUUGUCUGGCACCUGGACCAGUUCAACUUUAUCAUUUUUGAAGUUGUUCCAUUCCCAUCGGGUGUACUUUCUCAUCACAGCCAUCUUAAAUGCUUACAUAAGUAUCUAAGAUGGCGGAAACAUAUCUUCUGUACUACCCUGGCGAGUGCAUGAAAUACAUAUGUGCCCAGGGAAUCCGGUGACUUCUACUGACCUCGGUUGGCUCUUGCGAUUGCGACAGAGUAAACACUGAUGAUAAGUGUUGCGAGGAAGUGAAGCGAGGAGGGAGGGGGAUGAUUGUAGCCAAAGAAGGCCAAUUUUGACAAAGGCCAUAGACUUUCACUAAAGCUCCACCCUUUGUAAACUUUUGUCAUUUCUGAGGGGAAAAAUGCAUAAAUAAAUAAAACCAAAAAAAAAACAAAUCAGGGCAGCCAAGGCAUGUAUUUGGGACAUGCCUAUGGAAAAAAAAUGACAGAUCCUAUUUUCCAAAUGGGAAUAGAAUUCAUUGGCGCAAUAUGUCGUUAAUAGAAUUAGUAAUAUUAACUACGUAUCAGAUGAAACCUUUAUUUAACACAUUCCAUGUUUAUAGAUAAAAUCAAUCUGAAAUUAAUACAAACUGUGUAACUUUAGAGACAAAUUUGGCAAGCUGGCGCUGUCACCCAAACAGAAAGCCAUAUUCUCCAGAUGGGUUCGACCCGAUGAUAUUACAAACAACCCUACAAUGAUCUACACUGUGUCCAGCUUCAGCAUCAAACAGGUAAUCCAUGGCAUUUUAUAAAGGAAGAGGAACGUUAAUGUGUGUAAACAAUAACUGUUAUCUAUGGUAUACUAUGCAAACCUGUAAUGAAUUGCACUUAAGAAAUAAAUAAAAAUUUUAAAAAAAUAAACCAGCCUGGGACUUAGAAUUAACAAUAUCACAUUCAUCCAGUCUUCAGCUGGUCAUUUUACAUAUCUACCAAAUAAGAUGAAUAUAUCGUACAUCUGUUAAGGGAUUUUUUGAUGUUUUUAUAUAGAUGGCUAUGUACAAAACUUAGCAUGGCCCAACAAAGAAAACAUUAUGUUGUCUUAGGACAGUGAUGACAAAACUUUGACACUCCAGCCAAAUGUUAGCCGUUUACUAUUCCUGGAGAUUGCAGGAAACAAACUAUGGAUCACCAAUAGAUGGCACUAGAGAAAAGAUUUAACUUGAAAACGAUUCUUGAAAACUAUAUUUUUAAAGUUCCCUUCUAAGAUGUAUUUAUUUAUUGAUUAUAGGAGCUUAUUCUGUAAUUAUUCAGUAUUUGUUAACGUGUAGCAAUGUUUAUUUGUCACCAGACAAUCGUGUCAGAUUGCUCUUUCGUGGCUUCCCUAGCCAUCAGUGCCGCUUACGAGAGACGCUACAACAAGAAACUCAUUACAAGGUAUGUCAAGCAUCAGCAUAUUAGCAACCAGUUGGGAUUAAACACAGCUCUUAACCAGUGAGAGUAAUCAGCCACUUCUAUAAACACCACACACAGAUCUGGAUAUUUCCAUGUACACAUCAUUUCAGGAGUAGUAAAAAUAAACAAACUUGUCAGCCACAGAUUUUUGGAGUGGUGGAACAAGGAAUACAGGGCCGGGUCAAUCUAGGUCAAUUCUCAGCCAAGAUUCCAUUCCUGUUCAUGAAAAAAAUUUAAAUGGCAGAAACUACUUGGCACGUUAAUAGCAGUCACUUUGUUUUUAUAUAAUUCAAGUUUAAUGUAUUAUUGUCAUGAAUGAAACUAUUUGUGAGUCUGAUAUGCAGAGUGACCAGAUCCACCAUGUUUACAGGGACACAUAUAUAAUUGUCAUUUUUAUGAAAACUGUGGCCCUGCAGUAUGUAUAAUGCAUAUUCUGUUGGAUUCUUUAUUGCUUAAUUGCUUAAUCUUACACACCUUCUGAAUUCUACAUUUUACAGGGCUACUAUUUUCAUGUGAUGCCCAUCAAUAUGUAUAUAUGUGUCCCAGAAAACAUGGUGGAUCUGGUAACCCUGCUUAUAUGGGCUUUCUCAUAGAAACCAUAAAAAAGCCUGGACAACUAAAGCAUGUCUUCCGAGACCUUGUAUUGGCAAAGUGAUUAAUUGCUUCCCCCUCCCAUAUCACAAACACAUGUCUGGGAGUAUACCACCAUUGCUAUAAUGAAUAAGUUUGGGGUCAUAUGUAGUUAUUGUGCUUUUUAUUAUUAUUAUUAUUAAAAGUUAAAUGUCCCUUCUGUUUAGAAACAGGGAAAUUAGUGAGUAGUUCUCUUGUGUUCAUUUACAUAUCCUGUGAUUCUCUGACAGCUAAACUUAAUGGAAGUGGUUCCUGGCAACUGUGUUUAGGGGUUGUAGCCAAACUCAUUUACGUUUUACUGGUAUCAUUUUAAAAAACCUAGCUGUAGCUGUAAGUUUAAUUCUCACUUACUAUACUUUUAUUUACGUUUACUUCUUACUUUUCUUUAUCUGUACAAAUUUUUUUUUACAAAACUGUUUCCCGAAACUGAAUUUUGUUUUCUCACUUAGCAUAAUUUACCCUCAAAAUAAAAAAGGAGAGCCAGAAUAUAACCCGUGCGGAAAAUAUAUGGUGAAAUUGCACAUAAAUGGUGUUCCUAGAAAGGUAAGUGACAGUCUUAAUUUCUUAACCUGUUCUCGUGUUACAAAAGAACAACAUUGAAUGUUUACUUCAAAAGCUAUUUGAAGUCACAUUUUUCCUCUAGAAGUGCAAUAAUAUCAAAAGAAAGGCAGAUGAACUGAUAAAACUAUAUUGAUAAAACUGAUAAAAUAUUCCAGCUAAAAAUGUAUCCUUUUUUAUAUAUACAGUUGCAAGAAAAAGUAUGUGAACCCUUUGGAAUAAUAUGGAUUUCUGCACAAAUUGGUCAUAAAAUGUGAUCUGAUCAUCAUCUAAGUUACAACAAUAGACAAUCACAGUCUGCUUAAACUAAUAACACACAAAGAAUGAAAUGUUGCCAUGUUUUUAUUGAACACACCAUGUAAACAUUCACAGUGCAGGUGAAAAAAGUAUGUGAACCCCUAGACUAAUGACAUCUCCAAGAGCUAAUUGGAGUGAGAUGUCAGCCAACUGGAGUCCAAUCAAUGAGAUGAGAUUGGAGGUGUUGGUUACAGCUGCCCUGCCCUAUAAAAAACACACACCAGUUCUGGGUUUGCUUUUCACAAGAAGUAUUGCCUGAUGUAAAUGAUGCAUCACACAAAAGAGCUCUCAGAAGACCUACGAUUAAGAAUUGUUGACUUGCAUAAAGCUGGAAAGUGUUAUAAAAGUAUUGCUGUUCAUCAGUCCACGGUAAGACAAAUUGUCUAUAAAUGGAGAAAGUUCAGAACUGCUGCUACUCUCCCUAGGAGUGGCCGUUAUGUAAAGAUGACUGCAAGAGCACAGCGCAGACUGCUCAAGAAGAAUCCUAGAGUGUCAGCUAAAGGCUUACAAAAGUCACUGGCAAAUGCUAACAUCCCUGUUAGCGAAUCUACAAUACAUAAAACACUAAACAAGAAUGGAUUUCAUGGGAGGAUACCACAGAGGAAGCCAAUGCUGUCCAAACAAAACAUUGCUGCACGUUUACAGUUUGCACAAGAGCACCUGGAUCUUCCACAGCAGUACUGGCAAAAUAUUCUGUGGACAGAUGAAACCAAAGUUGAGUUGUUUGGAAGAAACACACAACACUAUGUGUGGUGAAAAAAAGGCACAGCACACCAACAUCAAAACCUCAUCCCAACUGUGAAGUAUGGUGGUGGGGGCAUCAUGAUUUGGGGCUGCUUUGCUGCGUCAGGGCCCGGACAGAUUGCUAUCAUCGAAGGAAAAAUGAAUUCCCAAGUUUAUCAAGACAUUUUGCAGGAGAACUUAAGACCAUCUGUCUACCAGCUGAAGCUCAACAGAAGAUGGGUGUUGCAACAGGACAAUGACCAAAAGCAUAGAAGUAAAUCAACAACAGAAUGGCUUAAACAGAAGAAAAUACGCCUUCUGAAGUGGCCUAGUCCUGACCUCAACACGAUUGAGAUGCUGUGGCAUGACCUCAAGAAAGCAAUUCAUCCCAAGAAUAUUGCUGAACUGAAACAGCUCUGUAAAGAGGAAUGGUCAAGAAUUAUUCCUGACCAUUGUGCACGUCUGAUCUGCAACUACAGGAAACGUUUGGUUGAAGUUAUUGCUGCCAAAGGAGGUUCAACCAAUUAUUAAAUCCAAGGGUUCACAUACUUUUUCCACCUGCACUGUGAAUGUUUACAUGGUGUGUUCAAUAAAAACAUGGCAACAUUUCAUUCUUUGUGUGUUAUUAGUUUAAGCAGACUGUGAUUGUCUAUUGUUGAGACUUAGAUGAUGAUCAGAUCACAUUUUAUGACCAAUUUGUGCAGAAAUCCAUAUAAUUCCAAAGGGUUCACAUACUUUUUCUUGCAACUGUAUAUAGAUGCAUUAAAUCUAUUGUAAAAUAAUUACAUUUAAUUUAUUGUAAGUGUCCCUCAUUGAUCUGAGUAAUGGGCCAACCUGCAUUUUAGAGCAGAACCCUCUAGAAUGAGACGACACUCCAAUCAGGAGACUCUCAUCCUGUUAUAUGGCAUGGGAUUGUAUGCCAUAAACUCUUAACAAGCAGGGCUUAAUCAAAUAAGUAGUUUAUAACUCAACUGCAGUUCCAAUCAUCACACAGGAUGAUUAUAACUGCAUUAUAAAAAGGUAGAAUCCACGGCAUGGCUAAUAUUCUCCACAGGCUGUUUUCAAGGUGUUUGAGAACUGUCCUGUGUUCUGAUAUCGGCAGAGCCAUGGGCCUCUCAUGCAGAGUACGCGGCUAGACUCUCUCUGUGUAGACAGAGACACAACGUCUUGGCUCUUGUUCAUGAAGUGUAUGAAGAAAAUUGAUAUAAGGCAACCCAGAACAAAGUGUCUCAGCUGCUUAUAGCGACAGCGUUUUUUACAAAUCAACACUUGCAUACGCCACUCUCAGAAAUGAGAGUGGGCUCAGGGUGCUCUAAGCAUCGUGCACGUUGUAGUAAUGUGAAGUGCUUACAGUGCUUAGACUACCCUUGCAAUGAUUGGAACACUGAAGUAAAUAAAAACCAAUAAUGCAUGCCAAAAGCUGGUCAGCUGAUAACCAAUCAAAGAUGGCACCAUGGACUUAGAAGCACUAAUGUUCCAAUUAAACACCUGUGGGGUGGAUACCAUUAUUAAGUGUAAAUAUUUAUAGUUCAUAUAUCUAAAAUAUGUAUACAUAAAUGCAUAAGUAUAAUCCCGUAUACAUCUAUCUAAUCAUCCACCUCAUACCACCACACACAAUCUCAUUUAAGGAAUCAUCUCUCUACAGGUGUCAUGCUGGGCCCCCAACAACCAACGAAGUUUUGCUGUAAUUAGAAUCUGUAUUUGUGACAAGGUGUAGUUUAUUACUGUACUGCUGCCUGUCUCUCAUUAGGUCUAACCUUGGAUAAGCGAGAAAUACAGUUUCUUAGUGAAAAGACAAGCUUUAAGGCAACACUUAGGGACAAUUACAUAAUCCCUUAUUUCAGAGCUAGUCAAAGGGAUUGUCCACUUAAAAUUUGGCAGUAUGUUUUUAACCCAAUAUACGAAUAAUGCAUAAAAACUAUAUUGAAAAAAAUGAUAUAGGUUAAGAAAAAGGUUACUUACCCGCAAAGUGUCCUUUUGUACAUUGCUUAUGCAGGCAGACCCUUCCAUCACCAGGAUGAGAUAUUCCGAACAUUACUGGGAUUAAUAUUAUCAUGUCAGCAGGGGAUUAUGGAAUAUUCUGUUUAUAACGAAAGAGCAGGUCCCACAACAUGUGAUGAUUGGAACUGCUGAACCUCUUGCACAAUAAGGACAACAUUGACACUGGCAGCCUGGAGCUGUGCGUUCUGGCUGUCUGACUUGACAGCCUUGGUGAGCUGUCUUGUUGAAGCCGAGAUUUCUACUCAGAUAUGAGUGGGUUCAUGGUGCUCUAAGGACCAUGCAUGUUGCAAUAAAACAAAUGGCUUAUGGUGAUUUAAUUGAAUCUUUAAUAAUUAUAAUAACAAAGUAUUUAACCAGGAAAGGUACUUUCAGAUUACUCUGGUUUUCAAGUACGUCCUGGGGAUGUUACCUUAGCCCAACAUCUAGGGGUUGUUACUAUUACCCAAUUUAAUGGUACUCAUUUUAUCUACCUCGGAAGGAUGAAGGGCUGAGUCAACCCUGCCGGGAUUUGAACCUGAACCAAGGGUUGACCAGAUUCCACUGAUGAUGCAUUAAUUUAAAGUGAAUUGUUAUAAUUAAGGCCAAAAUAACACAAUAGGAUACAUUUUCCAAGUUGGCCAAAUUUCACUUUGGCUAUUUUAGCUUAUAAUGUGAAAUUCACUUUGGAUUACCAGCAGUUCACACUUUUGAAUUACCGUACCCUGUUAUUUUCUGAAAGAUGCAGAAGUGUAUAAGCUGCGUUUUUAAAAAGGCAUUUACAUUCAUAGUCUGUUACUCUAAGUGCAUGUUUCCAUUAUCUGGGGUCUAAUUACAAGAAAAAAAAUACAUUUACAAAAAACAAUGUAAUCAGAAUAUUCUGUCACUGUACCUUUGUUUUAACAGGUCAUUAUCGAUGACUAUUUGCCUGUGGAUCACAAUGGAGAACUUCUGUGCUCUUACUCAAACAACAAGAACGAGUUGUGGGUUUCCCUGAUCGAAAAAGCCUACAUGAAGGUUAUGGGAGGGUAUGACUUUCCUGGAUCCAAUUCAGUAAGUAAAAUGGCAGAAUCCUAUCCCAGUCUCUGAUUCUGCCCUGUGACACAGGGCUUGCGUGAUCCACUUGCUUAUCUUUAUACACCCAGUUCUGUCUGGAGUAAUGUUUAGGUUACAAUUAGCUGUGUUGGGUUGGAUUUUUGUAUAUUAUUCUUAUUCUUUUACAAGUAAUACUAGUUUUACUUCACAAGGCCACCAAUUCCUUCCCUCUCUUCUAAAUUGCAUUGUUUCCUGGUUUGCUUCAUAAAUACUGUAUAUAUCAUUGAAGGUUUCUGGGAGUUGUAGUUCAGCCGUUUGCUUUAUACUGCAGGAAGAGGACAAAACUCCCAGAAUCCUUUGCAGUAGUGUUUAUAGAAAUUUAAGUGAGCUAAGUCACAACUUUGCAGCCAUUUCCUGGAUUUGAAGUGUGUGUGUAUGUAUAUAUGAUCGAGAAAUACAUCUUAAGCUAGUUUAAGAAACACUACAAUUAAAACAAAUGUGUUAAGUUUUAUUGGAAUGUUCCUUUAGGCAAAUUAACCUAGCUACAUUUUAUGUUUAGUGAUUCAAAAUGGUUACAUUUUUGUUUCCAUUGUCGUGUUUAUGAUGCUAUGAUAUGCAUGAUUAUUGCCAAAAAUGCAACGAUCACACCAUUUUUAUUUUGACCACAUGGUGGCAGUACGCAUUAGUAUUAGAUACAAAUCUAUACCAGAGAGAACAUUUUAUAAAUGUCGGUUCUGGCAAUAAAUGAAAGCAGCAGUUCAUCAUGGCUAGUCUCAUUGUUCAUAAAAUUUUUCUGUCUAUUUUUAAACUAUUGGUGUGGUUAUAAAAUGUGUGUUUUGGAGGGGGGGGAGGGGGGGGGUUGGGCGGAAAGGUGUAGAUUUGUGUCUUUUCACAUACUAUUUCAGCUGUUUAGUCCUUGGUUGGCCCACUGCUGCCAUGUUGCACAACUAAACCAAAUUAAGCUGCAUCUUCAUGCUUAAAUCUUUUUUUUUUUUUUUUUUUAAUACAUAUUUCUAAAAUAUUUUUAAUUUAUUCCAUACACCACUUUUAUUAGAUUAACUAGUAAUAACACCCAUCAAUCCCUCCGCCCCUCUGACACAUGCUGUUCCUGUGUUUCUUUACCCCUUUAUUCUAGAUUGUAAACUCGUUUUCAUAGAUUGUAAGUUCAUAUGAACAGAGCCUUCUUUACCUCUUGUCUCUGUAAAUAUUAUUUUGUCUGUCAAUUAUUUGUUAUCGAAUAUCAUUGCAUUAUUGUAAAGCACCCCGGCGGAAUAUGUUGGUAAUGAGUAAAUGCUAAUAAUAACGAUACUAAUCUGCUCUGCAGAACAUAGAUCUGCAUGCACUGACUGGAUGGAUCCCUGAGAGAAUUGCUAUGCAUUCAGACAAUCAAACUUUCGACAAAGAAAGCACAUUUAGAAUGUUAUACCAAAGGUAUGGUUAACGCCGACAAGAUAGAUUGCUAUUACCCAAUGGAAGCAGAUUUAGAUAUGUUAAGUGUCAUAACAUCCUAUUUGGGUUAACUCAUUUAAUUUUUUUAAUUUGCAAUGCAAAAAGAGUUACGCUAUGGAAAAAGAAUGGGUUUGUUUUGUUUAGCUGUAGGUUUCUAAUGAUGAAAGAACAAGAUGAUGUCUAAUCGUUAAAUUGAUACGCCACAAGCAAAAAAAUGUAUAAGUCUUUGCAAGGCAGGUGCUCUGAGUAUUGGGAAGUCUGUAAUUGGACAGUUACAGAAAGUCAGGUCGGGUUAGAAGGGGAGGGCUUGAAAAGGCUCUGGAGAAGAGAUCUUAAUAUUUAAAUAAAAUAAAAUGACUUAAUGUUAUUGAAAGUAUUUCUUUAUAUUGUCUUUAGAUUUCACAAGGGUGACGUCCUGAUCACCACAGCUACAGGAGUGAUGACUGAAGAGGAAGGAGAAAAAUGGGGCUUAGUUCCUACUCAUGCUUAUGCUGUGUUAGACAUAAGGGAAUACAAGGUGAAAGUUAACACGAGAUAUAAUCAACCAGUCUCUUAAUUUUUCCCACCUUGUUAUCAUGCCUUUUUUCAAACUUAUACUGUUGGCCCUGCUCUUUAGUAUAUACGGUCCUUUCUCACUAUCUCUGUCCUUUUUCUUCUUAUGUCCCAAUCUGAGUCUGCCCGUUCCCACAUUUCACCCUGAUGCAUUUUACCAUCACUCAAUUUCUCUCUCUUUAGUUCUAUUGGCUUAUUAGAUGGUUCUUCCUGCUACUCAGUUGUCUGCAUUUUCAACCAUUUAUUUCUAUUAAUUUAUUAUUCUUAUUGUUUUUGAAGACAUUCCGGUUUCUUCAGUUAAAGAAUCCCUGGAGUCAUUUACGGUGGAAGGGACGUUUUUGUGAGAAAGAUGAGAGAAGCUGGACCCCUGAACUGCAAAAAUAUUUAAAUUUUGACCCGAGAACAGCACAGAAGAUUGACAAUGGUAAUUAAAAACGUUCUUUGUUCUCAUUCGAAGUUUGUUUUCUCUAAUUUUGAAAUACUCACAGACUGUGUUUGGGCUGUGAUUGUUUAAGGUACAGUAUUAUUAUAAUACAAAUAUUUAAGAAACAACAAUUGCGUUAAAUGGUGAUUCAUUAGCCAUGUCAAUUCUAGCAAACUAAGCAAACUUCUAAUUUACAUCACCAACGCUACCUUGGUCCUUAAACAUCUUUACCUUUCCAGUUAUUUGUUCUGCUUUUACCAGGAUUCAGAAAGGAGCUUUAGAUAAUUGGGAGAAGGAAAUCUUUACUAACACAGUUAAAUGGAUGUAUGUGAGUGGUAGAGCAGUUGACUGGGCAUGACACACUCUGAGUUAGUGUGAUCUGUUUAAAUACAGCAAUAGUGAAUAGAUAUACAGACUCGGUCAAUCCACAUCACCUUGUGUACCUAGGGUGAUAUCACAGGCUCUCCUCUGAGAAAGUGACUUGGGAAUAAAUUCAAUAUCAGUCUUGAUAAAAUAACUAUUGGCAUUUUACUUACACUCACACAACGCCAAUGACGCUUGUAGAACCAUCAUGGGACUUGCCUAAGUUACAAGUUGGAGCAUAUCAGAUGCUAAAUUAGUCUUGUGAAUUGCUUAACUGUAAAGGUGGAUUCAAAGCACCAUUACUACUUCAGCUAAUUGUAGCUGCUAUGGUGCUAUUUGUCUAUGGGCACCUUUUAUUCUGUCAAAACUGUUUUGGAACAACAGAGGCACUGCAUUUUGAAUCAUUCAUAAGUCACUUGGCAGAAGACAGUGGAACUGCACCUAAAGAAUCAAUGCACCAUAACAACUACAAUAACCUGUAGUUAUGGUGUGUAUACUGUCCUUUUUAAAGGACCACUAUAGUGCCAGGAAAACAAACUCGUUUUCCUGGCACUAUAUGGUCUUUAGGUGCCCCGCACCCUCAGGGUCCCACUCCCGCCGGGCUCUAGGGGGAGGAAGGGGUUAAAUGCUGACCUUUCUCCGGCGCUGGGGACUCUCCACCCUCUUCGACCGAAUGUGCAUGAGCGGCAAGAGCCGCACGCACAUUCAGUCAGGUCAUAGGAAAGCAUUCUCAAUGCUUUCCAAUGGACGCUGGCGUCUUCUCACUGUGAAAAUCACAGUGAGAAGUGCGGAAGCGCCUCUAGCAGCUGUCAAUGAGACAGCCACUAGAGGCUGGAUUAACCCAUAUGUAAACAUAGCAGUUUCUCUAAAACUGCUAUGUUUACAGCAGGCAGUGUUAACCCUAGAUGGACCUGGCACCCAGACCACUUCAUUGAGCUGAAGUGGUCUGGGUGCCUAUAGUGGUCCUUUAAGUUACUCAUUGUUGAUUGGAGUUGAUUGUGAGUUGUUUUUUUUUUUUUUUUUAAUGUAUAUUUAUUUUUGCGAAAUAGAACAUUUUCUAAAGAAAUCUAUCAAGUGUAAUUUAUAUGUAUUCUACAAGAACACCUGGUAUCUUAAAAGAUUCUUAAUAAAAACAGCUUGUUAUCAUAAGACACAUCAUGUGAUUUUUCUUAUCUUGUAUCUGUUGUUUUAUUUGCAUAAUGCUUUUGUGUGUUCCUUAGUAUCUAUCACAAAUGUCACUUAACAGGUAUUUAUGGGACACAACAAAGAUGGCGUUAUUAAAGCGCCAGUAAACCAUUAACUGAUAGUUGAACCACAGCAUUGUGUUCCACAUCUGCAGGUAUAUUCUGGAUCACCUGGGACGAUCUGUGUCAGUAUUAUGAUGUGAUCUACUUGAGCUGGAACCCAUGCCUUUUUAAAGACUCAACAUGCAUUCACAGGUACCUUUACUUGUUAAAACCAAUUCCCCAAUAAUUCCAUCAGACAUUUACUUGGUCACUAGCUGGGAAUAAUAACAUUAUUUGCUGGACUUUUGAGCUGAGGUUUUCAAGUAGGCCAUCAAUUGGGCAUACACAGAGAGCGGUGUUUCUUUUGUUUAUUCCAAUAAGAUGAUGAGUGCAGAAUUUCUGGAUACAAUGUGACCAAUACAUGCAUUGAUAAAAGAUACAUUUUAUUCUUAGACAGAGCAUAUAUUUAGGCUGUAUAUGAAUAUAUAGUUUUUGCUUUAUGUACUAAGGUGCUAUCCUAAUUCUAAAAAGAGAUAAUCAGAAGCACUGGGUGGAAGAAAAGUGAUGAUAAAAGAGCCUGUAAGUAGGAGAGAGAGGGGAAGCAAACUCUAAUAUAUUAAGCAUGAAUAAGGAGCAAGGCCGAUGUAUAGUGUUUUUUCUAAAUGGUACAGUAAAGCUAAACUGGCUUUAUAGCAGUUGUGCUUCCUCACAUCUUCUAACCGCUGCUCAGGCAGGACAGAUUGGGAAUGGCACAUAAUAGACUUUGUAAAGAUAGUUUGUUGUUUGUACGUAUGUUUGUGUGUAUUUGUUCACUAAAUUGCAGUGUGUGACCAAUGAAAUCAAUCAAUCAAUCAAUAGCACAGUUGAAAAUAAAGCUUAGUAGCGAUUCUAUUACUUUAGUUGAAAUUUGAUAUUGUUUUCAUUUUAUCGUAAUUCACAGUUUAUCUAUUAGUAUGCUAUUCACAUACACAUUAUGAUCUCACUUGUUACUGUUUAAUGAUUUAAGUAAUGAUUUAUUAUAUUUUACAGCACUUGGGAUGCCAAGCAGGGACCCGUUAAAGAUGCAUACAGUCUCGCUAACAACCCACAAUAUAAACUUGAAGUUCAGUGUCCAAAAGGGGGCGCUGCAGUUUGGAUCCUCCUAAGCAGACACAUCACUGACAAGGUUUGCUUGACCGAGUAGUUUGUGCACAAUAGGAGCAGUUAUUCUCAAAGCCAUUUUAUUUAAAGAACCACUAUAGGCACCCAGACCACUUCAGCUUAAUGAAGUGGUCUGGGUGCCAGGUCCAGCCAGGAUUAACUCUUUUUUUCUAUAAACAUAGCAGUUUCAGAGAAACUACUAUGUUUAUAUUAGGGCUAAUCCAGCCUCUAGUGGCUGUCUCAUUGACAGCCGCUAGAGGCGCUUGCGGGCUUCUCACUGUGAAAAAAAUCACAGUGAGAAGACGCCAGCGUCCAUAGGAAAGCAUUGUGAAUGCUUUCCUAUGGACUGGCUGAAUGUGGGCGCGGCUCUUGCCUCGCAUGCGCAUUCAGCCGAGGAGGAAGAGAGCUUCCCUUCCGGCGCUGGAGAAAGAGGUAAGUUUAACCCCUUCCACCCCCUAGAGCCUGGCGGGAGGGGGACCCUGAGUGUUUUCCUGGCACUGUAGUGGUCCUUUAAUAUUUUACACUUAGCAUUAAUAUAUAAAAUGCUGUUUAGUGUUAUUAUGCCAAUCAGUAUAUUCUUUGCUUCUCCAUUGUGCUUGUUUGCCAGCUUUUGAAUGAACCUUUAACUUGUGUGAUUAACAAGUUGGUUCCCAAAAAACACAUCUCACUGUUUUUCCAAUGGUCCUUAAUCUUUUUUUUUGACAGUGUCUUGCAACCUAGUAUAUAGCAAUACCCAUGCAAAAAAAAUAAUAAAAAUCAACACAGGUCAUUGUGGUCAGCUGCUUGUGCUAUGGUAGAUGUGUUGUGCUGGUUCCAGCACAUGAGAAUCCACUUAAAUAGCUGGGGUACCAAGUUUUGAAUGAUCACCAAAGGAGUAAGACUACUGGUUUAGGCAAUAGACAGGACAAAGCCAUAAUAAUUUUGAAUAAUAAACAGCACAUUCCCUUGUUGUCAGGAUAAGUCUACAAUUACAUUAAUUAAUUGGCAGCCAGCCGCUAGACUGUCCCUUCCAAAUUGCACCAGUGCAGUAAACCUAAUCUUAUUGAGGCUAUUUGGGAUGGUUAGAGUCUAAUGUUACACAGGAAAUUAUCUUUUACACGCCACAUGAGAGCAGUUCAGGGGACAGACUCCAAGUAAGUUGAAUAUAUGCUACAUACAAUAAUUAGUAAAAAGAUAUAUAUAUAUUUUUUUAUAUUAUUACAGUAUUUCUUUUCCAUUUCCAAGCAAUCAUUGCAUGAAUUCCUUCCUAAUCAAGUUAAUAUGUAACAAAGCCAAACUUUAGAAAUCGUUAAUAUGUAUGCUAUGUCAGUCCGUGGUGUUAACUUUGUACUUUGUGCCAAGCCACACGAUAUCCAUCCCAGGCAGUGAAUGUCCGUGCUGAUAGUGUUUGACUUUAUAGCUGUUUGUCUAAGCUUGGCAAAAUAUUAACACACAAUAAGAACCAAAGAGCCACAUGUAUUUAGAUUAUAUAUUAAAAUUACAUUCUGUGCUAAGGCCUGGUAAGUCAUAUAACUCUAAUGCUACAUGUGUUUGUUUUUUGUUUGUUUUUUUAUAUGCAAAUAUGGGUGAUGUUCAGAUAGGGUGAAAUCUAUUAAUCUCUUAAAUUCCUCAUAUUAUUUGUUACAGGAUGAUUUUGCUCAUAACAAAGAGUUUAUAACAUUGAUUGUUUACAACAAGACUGAUGGUAAAAAGAUUUACUAUCCAGGUACGUUUUGUCUCAAAAAGUUCCUUUUGCCGAAAUUCACAUGCUUGUCUUUUUGACAAAGCAUAAAAAUGUGUUGUACAAUAUGUAUUUUGCGAAUUUUAAAGGAACAUUCCUAGGACUAUGACUACUACAGCCCUUUGUAGUGAUUAUGGUGCUAAGAGUGCCCUGGCACCGUGAAGAUGUCAAACCGUUUUAGUCCUGUUUAACAACUUACCUAGGUUCAUAUAGGCACUUGCAGCUACAGGUUUUAGUGGUUAUGGUCCUUUCAAGGAUCAAUGAUUCACUGUAAUUUAACCUCUACAAUAAGUUGCUGUAGUUAUGGUGCUUAGUGUGCCCCUUUAACACGGACUAAACAGUUAGGGAAACGUAGCUCACAAACAUCUGGAAUUCCAAGGUUAUCAAUAUAGACUAUCUGGACACCAAUACACUUCCGGUGUAAUCUUCUGAACACUAAAUGUGUUCAUAGUGUUCUAUAAAAAUCUUAUAAUAUGUCUAGGUUUUGCUUUAAAUUAACAGCGUUAAAGAACACGCAGUAGUACAAUACUACAUCAUGUGAUUGGUGAAUAUGCAAUAAAUAGUCUCUGGUGGCAUUUUCCAAUUAUUUAGUUGAAUAUGCUUACAGGAGAUUAAUUAGAAGAUCCAAUUAUUGGUUAUUCACCCAGGGUUAAGCCUACUUCUCAUAUAAGUGUGUUAUUCAUCUCAUUAAUUGUCUCUGCACGAUAAAUGACAAGUGAUAAGUGCAAAGGUGAAUUAGUCUAAACAGUUAACAAUACAUUCUUAAAUCUUUUUAAAUUUGGUUUAUGUUAAAUACUUAAAAGCUCCAUAUACCAGUUAAAAAAUGUAUUAAACGAAGUUCAUUAAACGCGGUUUGCCAUUUUCCAGCUGACCCUGCCCCCUACAUUGAUGGAAUUCGGAUAAACAGCCCUCACUACCUUACAAAGAUGACAUUGACCUCUCCUGGGACUCAUACAUUCACACUGGUGGUAUCUCAGUAUGAGAAGCAGAACACCAUUCAUUAUACACUUAGGGUAAGUGUGAUAAGCAGCUAAUGGAAAGAAGACAUUCCAACGCAUUUCACUUUAUUAAGAAGUACAUACGAGGUUUCAGCUGUAGUCAAAGCACAUGUGGGAGAUCUAUACUUGGUGAAACUGUCCUGUGUCUGUUAUACAUAUUUCAUGGUUCACCUCCCAAUUAAAUACCAAGCUCCCAAUUGUAAUAAAGGUAAAAUAGCUUUAUAGUCAACACCUGUCUGUGAUUAAAGCUAUUUUAAAAAAUGGAGAAGAUUAGGGGUGUAUAUGAGUAAACCAUAUGAGAAAAAAAAAAAGUAAAUUAACAAAGUCGAUGGAUAAUGAUUAAUAUGGAGUGCUGAAAUUGAAAGCAAUGAGUAGAGACCCAUGUCUUUAUUAUGAAUAGCUCAUCUAAAAUAUGUGUAAUAUGUCAUGUCAAACGAAAAGCUAGCCCGUGUUUACUAAUUAAUGCAUUUUUCUAGGUUUAUGCCGGUUGCAAGUUUACAUUUUCUAAGAUUCCCACACCAUACACAAUAAAUCGUCGGGUAAGAGCUACAGAUUUAAAUUCACAUAGUGGCCAUUUAUACAUUGACUUUUGGUAGAUAUUUAAUUUACUUUGUCUACUUCCAGAUUAACGGACAGUGGAAAGGACAGAGUGCUGGAGGUUGUGGCAAUUUCAGAGACACCCACAAGAAUAAUCCUAUUUAUCAGUUUCAAAUGGAGAAGGCUGGACCAUUACUGGUAGAAUUGCGUGGACCAAGGUUUGUUAUUCUCUACUCUUUGAACCUAUAGUUAACCCCUUAAGGACACAUGACCUGUGUGACAUGUCAUGAUUCCCUUUUAUUCCAGAAGUUUAGUCCUUAAGGGGUUAAUAAGGGCUGUUCUGCCCUGAUGUCCUGCUUCUUAGGACACUCAUGUCAAGUCCAUGGAAAGCACAGCACAAGCAUAAUAUAAGAUGUUCUGUCAGGGUGCAAUAUACAUUACAGUGCUCUAAGCAGAGCUGCAGGAACACCAUGCUGAAACAUCCAUUUCUCACUAGGUACAUGUCCCAUUAGGCAUCACUAGUGAUGUGUAGUAAUGCAAGACAUGUUACUGCCCCAGAAGGCUUUCAUUUCGUGAACUCGUUACUAUUGACCAGAAAAAGCACAGAUUUCUAUUCUAGAAAUUCCUGGAGAGGGUUCAAGGGUAGGGGGCUGUUGGAUAACCGCUUCCCCUAGUGGCUGUUUACAUAUGCGAAAGCACUUCAGCCCCUAGUGGCUGUUGACAUAUCUGAAAACACUUCAGCAGUGUUUUCAAUUAACCUUCAGUUUCUGCCUGAUGGUCUAUUUUACUUUACAGUAUAGAACUAAUUUGUUUAUAUAACACGUUACUGUAGAAAGCACAAAAACUUUACAGAUAAACUUGGCAAAACAAUUUAAUUUCUUGGCAUUAAUAGCCUUAUAAUCUAGAUUUAUUAUCAUAUGAGCUGUUUUUUGUCUCUUCUUUCAUAUACACUUUUUAUAAAAAUAUAUUUAGAAGACAUCACAUGCAAAGUGCUGCCUACAAAUGUGGUGAUAAGGCUUUACAUUUUUAUACAUUGUGAGUGCAUUCAUAUUAGCACCUAAGGUGCUAAGCACUUUCAUUUAGACAUAUUGCCCUAUGAUAUGUUUACUUUUUAGCAUCUUCCUUGUUAUAUGGUAUUUAAGAGGAUUUAGAGGAGUCCUGUGGAUUGUUAUUUUUCAGAGAAAUAAUUCAUUUAUUUUAUCACUCGUUGUUUUUACAAGUGUGUGUCUACCACAUCUGAAUAAGAACCAUAUAUAUUGAUAUAUGUAUAUAUAUAUUUGAGUGUAUUAAAGGGACACUCAAUUUUCCAAAUAAAUAAACAAACAUUGUUUCGAAGAUAGAACCUCAAUGAAAACAUCCAUGUAUUUAAUCAUGCAUUGUUUUCAUUCAAGGUAUAUCUAAAAACAGCUUUUAAAAAAAAGCUACAGAUCAUCUCUUUGCAAGCCCUCUUUUUGUAAUCCCACCCUUCAAUCACAGACUGAUCAAUGCAGCUAAAUGGGAAGUUUUUACAAGGCAGGUGUUCUGGAUAAUUGCUGCCUCUUGAGUUUAGCUCCACUGAGCUAACCAAACCAGGAAGCAACAGAAUGGAUUGUUUAACAGCCAGGGGGUGUAACAAUGUUAAUUUAUAAAAGUGCCAAUUUCAAUUGAAUUAUUUUUGUAAAAUGUGCUUUAUGGGUCUGGAAUGUCCCUUUAAUUUUAUAAUACACUCCUUUAAAUCAAAUAACUGAUCUUGUGACUGAUAAAUUAGUUUGAUAAACACCCUAGGAGUUCUCUAGGAGGACUAUGGAGAUUAAUUAUUAAACCCCAUACAUCCCAUUAUGCUGUGAUUUAAAUCUUUCUUUGUGACAUCCCAUAAUGUAUUGAGUGAAUACAGCUGCAGAAUUUGCAGUGUCAUCACUUAUUUCUUAAAUCUAGCAUUUGUAUUUGAAUGUUUUAGAAAAGAACUUACACUAACAACUGAGCCAGUGUACUAUAAAAAAAUACAUGCUCUGUUUCCUUAUCACGCAGGCAGUACAGCGUUGGCUUUGAGGUUAUUACAGUAUCUGCAACGGGAGAUCCUGGUUCAUCUGGUUUCCAGAAAAAAGGCAGUGGUGAUUACAGGUACGGUAAUUGUCCUUUCCCUAUAGUAUGCAUGAAGAUCUCAAUGUGAAAUGCAAUGGGUUCUGCCCAUUUAAUUUAAUAUGAAAACGAUAAAUACAUCACAUUUAUUCCUGUUAGCGUAAACCUUAUCACCUGCUGACUUCUAAGAUCAAUUAUUAUUAAAAAUCCUCUUGUGUUUGUUUUUAAAGAAUUGAAUUGUGUAUUUAAUUCAAAGAAAUCAUUUGGGAUUACUAGUAGGGAUUUAGUUGUCUUUUGUAUCACAAUAAAUAAAAAGGUCUAUAAAAAGACAAUCUCCCUUUAUAUUACCUUUUUUCAAUCAGGAUUUCUGAUGUCAUAUACCAUGGGUCCUCAAACUCCGGCCCCCCAGAUGUUGCUGAACUACAACGCCCAUGAUUCUCUGGCUAUCUAUGUAAUUCAAAGAAUCAUGGGAGUUGUAGUUCAGCAACAUCUGGGGGUCGGAGUUUGAGGACCCAUGUCAUAUACAAUGAUAUGCAAUGCAUAUACAAUGCUAAAUAAUUACCAAAGGAAAUUUAUGUUCUGUUCACAUACAGCUGUAGAAGGUCCUGGCGUUUGGCCGCCACCUGACAGCAUUGAGAUAUAUUUUGUGUUAUUAUUUGUGCGAUAAAAUACAAAUUGUUGAUACAAUGUUAUGGGUUGAUGACCAAUAGGACAUGUCUGUCCACAGUGCCAUUAUCCCACUUGUGCACUUCAAUCCAUAUUUCAUCAGUGUAUGUCUCACACACUAGUGACUGGCCUUCUUUUAAGAAACACUCCAAGUCUUAAACUGGUUAUAUUUAUAAUAUAAAAUGUGUGCAAAUAGUAUUAACAACACGAAGUGUCAUCAUGCUGGGCAUGAUGCUGAACAUAUUGGUCUUCAAUUGUUUAAGGGCUUUUAAAAAGGCACUUCCAUCUGAAGCCCUUGAAAAUAUUAUUAUAUAUUCUAUUCUCUGACGAAUGUAAACAUUGUUGUUUCUCAGAAAAUGCAAUGUUUAUAUUUGUCAGAGAAAAGGGGACAGCAUCACUGCACCAAAACCACUACAUUAAAGGGACUCUCCAGUGCCAGGAAAACCAACAGUUUUCCUGGCACUGCAGGUCCCCUCCCACCCCCCAUCCCAAGUUGCUGAAGGUUACAACCCCUUCAGUGACUUACCUGAUGUUCCUCGGCUGUGGUUCAGGGUCUGCCCACACUCCUCCCCGAUAUCAUCCAGCGGGGGAGAUCAAAUGCGCAUGCGCAUUAGACCUCCACAUAGGAAAGCAUUGAAAAAUGCUUUCCUAUGGGGAUUUCAGCUACGCUGGAGGUCCAGAGAUGCUAUAGCACACGAAAUGUGUGCUGUAAACCCGGAAGUGCCCUCUAGUGGCUGUCUAGUAGACAGCCACUAGAGGAGGAGUUAAUCCUGCAAGGUAAAUAUUGCAGUUUAUGAAACUGCAAUAUUUACAGUUGCAAGGUUAAGGGUAGUGGGAGUUGGCACCCAGACCACUCUAAUGGGCAGAAGUGGUCUGGGUGCCUGGAGUGUCCCUUUAAGGUGUGGGGUUUUGGUGCUUAGUGUCUCUUUUAAAGAGAUCCUGAACAUAUCCCAUGGGACGCAAGGAUUCAUGGGGUACAACAGUGAUAUUGAGGAAUUUUCUCUGUCAGGAAUUUCCCCCUGCCAUGGUCUUUCAUACCAAUUUGCAACUCUCUGUAUUUCUCUUUGUCUACAAACCAUAUGGUAAGGAGCCCCAAUGAAUGAUACAAGACAAUGUAAGGUUUAAGGUGACUUCUAACGGGCUGUGGAACAGGUUAUGUUCAGCAGGAAACAGGGGUGGUCUUAACAAGUAUUAUCCAAUUCUAAUAAAAUCAUCUAUCUUAACCUACAGCAAGCUUGCAGGUGUAUCUUCAUGUUUAGGCCUUGCACAAAAUUCUAAAUUACACAUUAUUAUGCAGUUGUGAUCAAAGGGGGAAACACACAGGAUAUAACACAUGUUACACAAUGUUCUAUAGCUCUUGUUUAGGGGUAUAUUCACUAAGCAUAGAAUAUAGAUAAAGUAUAUUAUUUCAAAUAGCUGACAUGCUCCAAGUUAGCCAGUUUUAAACAGACUGUACAUCAUGUCAUCUGUAGUUUGAGCCUUAGGUCAAUAUAGGCAAAGUGUAUUAUUCCCAACAAACAGUGUUCCAAUUAAAUAAUGAAACCGCCUCUUUCUGUUUCUUGGGGAUUCACAGCAAAUGGGGUGAGGGGUAUUUGAAACAGUAUCUUGUAUUCGAUUUUGAUUUAUAUUUUCCAAUCUGUAUAAUUAAGGACGUGGGGUGGCUCUGUGUGUCAAUGUGUUUGUCUUUCCAACUAUUUUACUAAAGCACAUACUCAUUGGUAAUGUUGGCCACUUCUCCUUUCUCUUUUUCAGGUGUGGGUUUUGUUAUCUGGAACUAGAGAAUGUCCCAGCUGGCAUUUACAAUGUUAUUCCGACAACGUUCCUGCCAGCUCAGGAGGGUCCCUUCUUUUUAGACUUCAACAGUGCAAUACCAGUCAAAGUGUCACAGUUACAAUGAUUGUGGAUAUUCCAGAGAUCCUCAGGAACCGCCUCUCAAAAAUCCCUUCUUCCACUGAGCACAGCUGAACCCAGCGGGCACUGAGUUUACAUGGCACUUGCAGGGCAUGGCAUUUUUAAGCUGUGAUGCUUCUGACACUUUACCAUACACAGAUUACAUGCCCUCAUCCUUGAAGAGUCUUAUUUUAUGAAAGGUUGUAAGGGAAAUGGGUACUGUUCAUGCCCAGAAUUUAAUCUGUACUUGAAUAAUUCAAAAGAAUAGUGCUAUAAAGAAUAUUUUUUUCCACCACAGUGCAUUGCAUUUUGUUUUUAAAACAAAUGUAUCGGUUAAUAUAUACAUUUCAAAAAUUAUGUCUGCAUAUAACAGCUACCUUUUAGGUGUCGGAUUACAGUAUAAUAAAAGGAGUGCUGACUAAAAUAAACCUUUUAAUUAUUAGCACGCCUUGUAUAAAGCACUGGUAUUAUUUGUAUCACCACAUUUUUGCCGUCUUCAUUUUGUAGAAUGCAGAGGCCAUCAG